CAUCUCCAGCUCGCGAAACCUCUGCGUGGCAGAGCAACGGGAGAGAGACGACGAGCAACAGCUGGAAAAAUCAGAGUCAUGUUUACAUGUCGAGUGAGAGCCUGUUUAAAACGCUUCCAACUUAUCAUGCGACGACGGAACAUGUAAACAACGAUUUAGAAUUUGCAAAUGCAGUGUCUUACGUGGUUUCCUAAGUUUGUUAUCAGCUCGGGGCAAGCUAGUCGCAUCAAGCUAACGGUCCAAGUGAAGUUAGCCUGAGCGAGAUGGAUCAGUCUGUGGCGAUUCAGGAGACUCUACAUGUCGGCGAAAACUGCCUUAUAGCUGUUCAGUGUCUUUUACUGCUGAAUAAUGGCACAGAAAGCAGACUCCUGGGGCUCGUGGAGCAUAGCAGAGAGCAUGCAUUAUUCAUAUUUACCCAUAGAAGAAUGGCAAUCACUGGCAAUGAUGUAACACUGCAGGAAAUCAUUCCUAUUUCAUAUGACUUUUCUGUUGUUGAGGUGUCAUCUCCUGAUGAACUUGCUGUAGUUGGUGCCGAUACUAGAGUUAGAGUAACAUUCCUUAAUGAGGAGAUGGAGCUCAAGUUGCCUUUCGGUUCCCACACACGUCUCUUCCUCACUGAAGUCAACAGAGCCUGGUGUGAUGUCUGCGAGCUGUACCCAGAAGCUCCCACGUUUGCCUGGCUUACUAAGUACCAGAAAAACUCCAACGAGCCUGGAUCAUUAACACCUAAUGCAACACGGAAGAUUAAAAAAAGAGGCAAAUCCCACACUGCACACAAAGAACACAAACACGCCAGUACCAGCACGAAGACGAUCAGAGGAGAGAGUCUCCAUGAGAGCCAGGAGAGAGAGAAAGUGGAAGUAAGGAAUGAGCUGGUUCGCUCGUCUCAACACACUGUAUCCAACAAAGCCCAGAUGCUCACCAUGCCCCAGUUUGGCCUACGUGACAACCUCGUCAAGUGUGAGCUCCUUAAGAAAGAGGAAACUUACACCUACAUUGAAAACUUCAACUUCUUCCUGGGUACAUACAACGUAAAUGGGCAGACGCCGAAGGAGUCUUUGCGCACAUGGCUGGGUUCCACUUCUCAGCCUCCUGAUCUCUACUGUUUAGGGUUCCAAGAGCUGGAUCUAAGUAAGGAGGCAUUUUUCUUUAAUGACACACCCAGGGAGCAAGAAUGGAUGAAGGCUGUAUCGGACGGCCUUCACCCAGACGCCAAGUAUGCCUUAAUAAAGCUGGUACGGCUGGUGGGGAUCAUGCUGCUCUUCUAUGUGAAGAAGGAACAUGCUAAGUACAUCUCUGAGGUGGAGGCAGAGACUGUGGGCACAGGCAUCAUGGGAAGAAUGGGUAAUAAAGGGGCUGUAGCAAUUAGCUUCAAAUUCCACAAUUCAGACAUCUGCGUGGUGAACUCCCAUCUAGCAGCUCAUAUCGAGGAGUACGAGAGAAGGAAUCAGGACUACAAGGACAUCUGCAGCAGGAUGCUCUUCAGACAGCUUGACCUGACACUUCCUCCACUCACCAUCAUGAAGCACAGUGUUGUCCUGUGGAUUGGUGAUUUGAAUUAUCGAAUAAGUGACCUUGAGGUUGACCAUGUAAAGUAUCUGAUAUUGAAAGGGGAUUUUGAAACACUUCACAGUCAUGAUCAGCUGAAGAGGCAAAUGGAUGAAGAAGCUGUGUUUGUUGGCUUUAUGGAAGGUGAGAUCGAUUUCCAACCAACAUACAAGUAUGAUACUGGCUCAGAUGAAUGGGACUCCAGUGAGAAGUGUCGAGUCCCAGCCUGGUGUGAUCGUAUUCUGUGGCGAGGGAAGAACAUAACCCAGCUGAGUUACCAGAGUCACAUGACUGUGAGAAACAGUGACCACAAGCCUGUCAGCUCCCUGCUGGAAAUAGGGAUCAAAGUGGUGAAUGAAGAAAUCUAUAAAAGGACAUUUGAGGAUAUAGUGCGGUCUCUGGACAAGCUGGAGAAUGAGUGUAUUCCAUCAGUUUCUCUGUCACAGCGAGAGUUCCACUUCAACAAUGUGAAGUUCAUGCAGCAUCAAGCACAAACUCUGACACUUCACAAUGACGGACAGGUACCAUGUCAGUUUGAGUUCAUACAGAAGCUGGAUGAGCCAGCCUACUGCAAGCCCUGGCUCACGGCCAACCCACCCAAGGGCUUUGUGGCCCAAGGGGCCAGUGUGGACAUUGACCUGGAGGUGUUUGUGAAUCGCUCUACCGCUCCGGAGUUGAACUCGGGCCAGCAGAAGCUUGAGGACAUUCUCGUGCUGCACCUGGAGAGGGGCAAAGAUUACUUUAUCUCCAUCACAGGCUCCUACUUGCCAAGCUGUUUCGGCUCAUCCAUCCACAUGCUCUGCCAGUUGAGGGAGCCAAUCCAGGAAAUGCCUCUGGAGACCAUCCACAAACUAAACUUGUCACCCAGCGAGACAAGCAGCCCAGACACUGAAAAGGCUUUAGACAUUCCAAAAGAAAUAUGGAUGAUGGUGGACCAUCUCUACCGUAAUGCCAGCAAACAGGAAGACAUCUUUCAGCAGCCAGGACUACGCAGUGAAUUUGAGGAGAUCAGGGACUGCUUAGACACAGGCUCACUUGACUUUCUCCCUGGAAGUAACCACUCUGUGGCUGAAGCCCUGCUUCUGUUCCUUGAUGCCCUUCCUGAACCAGUGGUCCCUUACUCUCUGUACCAACAAAGCCUGGACUACUGCUACAGCAGCAGCCAGUGUAAACAGAUUAUUUCUAUGUUACCUCAGUGCCAUAAAAAUGUUUUUAACUAUUUAACGGCAUUUCUCCGGGAGUUGUUGAAGAACUCUGCACAGAAUCGGCUGGACGUCAACAUUUUAGCCACAAUAUUUGCUGCCUUAAUGCUAAGGUCCCCCACAAAGCAAGACAUUUUGGAGAAAAGGAAAGCAAAGGAGUUUUUCCAGCAUUUUCUGGUCCAAGAAUCCCAUUAAUAUACAUCACUGUCUACUUAUUUUGCUGCACAGUAUUUGACUAAAUUUUUGUAGCUAUAAUUUGUGUCUAACUUGUUCAUCAUGUAUUUUAUCGUCUUGUUUGUGUUAAACCGCUACCAUUUGAAUUCAAAGAUUUUAAAUAGCAUAUUAAAGACAGAGUUAUUUUAUUAUAAAAGGAAUGGUUAUGGGGAAAAUAAAUUUUAUGCACAUUUUCCACUUGUGUCAAAUGUACUUGAUCAGCCAUGACAUGUUUGGAGUACAGAUUUUGCACUAGAUUUAUGAUGCUAAAAUAGCUAGUGAUGGCAACUUUUACCCUUGUAGAUCCUUCAUAGAUUUCCAGUCAUUCCAGAUCAUAUUUUAGUAGAAUUUUAGUAAUUGAAAGUGACUGAUGUUUAUCAUUUUAAAGAUAUCUCACUAACUUAUCAACUUCCCGCAGCCAAGUGCAUGUUGAACUGAACACACUUGGCUCAGACAUCCCUUAGCUACUAUUACUGGAAGCAGGUAUUAAACAAUUUAAGAAAGUUGUUAAAAUAUGUCACAUUAAAUAUUUUUAGCCUUCAAAGUCUACAGCAACUACGAUACACCCUAUAGCACCAUUGUGGUUGCUGCAGUGCAAUGGUUAAAGAUUUGGACACCAAAUAUUUUUGCUGACCUGCUAGAUUUGUGGCAAGUGGAAAACCUGGGCAGAUUUCACUAUUGUAAGGCAGCUGGAUCGUAUAGAAGUCAUUAUUUAAAGAGCAAAUGUGUUUGUAUUUUGAUGUAAAUACAAAACAUUUUUAUAUUAAAAGAAAAUAGAAGCACUGAA